UCUCCAGAAGCCACAAAAGAGCUAGCUGAGGAGGCCUCUGAGCCUCAGUCAGUGGCUGACGAAGAGAGUGCCCCGUCCACCCCCCCAGAGGAACCCUCACCAUCUGCGGAACAACCACCAGUGGAACUCCCCUCAGAAACGGAUCUGGAAACCGCAGAGCCGGUCUCGGCUGAAGUACCAGAAGCCCCCUCUGCUCCUGCAGAGAGUGCACCUGCUGUAGAAGCUGAAGGCCCUGAAGUUGUGACCGCUGAAAAACCGUCCACAGAGGGACCAGAGAAGAGUGAGCCCUUAGGAGAGGCAGCACCUCUACCGUUGGAGGAAUUGCCCGUUGUGGAGUCAUCUGAAAGUGCCCCUCCAGCAGAAGCAGAAGCUCCUGAACCCGCGGUGUCGGAAGCAACAGGAGAAUCUAAUUCAGAAGUCAUUCCAGAACUUGUAACAGAAAAUGUUCCAGAAGUUAUUGCAGAAGCUGCUCAAGAAGACGUGUCAGAACCUGUCAUGGAACCUGCACAAGAUUCUAUGGCAGCAGCUGCACCCGAGCAGCCAGUCGUGCAGGCUGAGACGAGCGAGUCAGUACCAGAAGCACCCGCUGAGGAAAAGACCUCUGAAGAACCUGUUGUACAGCCUGAGAUGAGUGAGUCCAUAGAAGAAACCCCAGUGGAAGCCCCAACAGCCUCCCAGGCUGAGACCAGUGAGCCACCAUUGGAAACACCUACACCGGAGCCAAGUGAACCUUCUCCCUGUCCCGCUGUUGUAGAAAGCGCUGAAGCGAUUCCAGUAGCGGUAGCUGAAAGCGCGCCUGAGGUUUCUGCUGAGCAGAUAGUGGCUCCUGUGGCCGAGAGUGCACCCCCCGCCCCUACGCCAGCCCCAGCCUCAGAGACACCAGCACCUGCUCCCGCAGCCCCCACAGAGACCGCCCCCUCUCAGGUGCCUGAACAUGCCCCCUACCUCCUGAUUGGUGGAGGCACUGCCUCUUUCGCGGCGGCCAGGUCAAUUCGGGCGAGGGACCCAGGUGCCAGGGUGCUGAUUGUCACAGAUGAGCCUGAUCUCCCAUACAUGCGACCUCCUCUCUCCAAAGAGCUGUGGUUCGUCGACGACCCUGAGGUGACAGAGACGCUGCGCUUUAAACAGUGGAAUGGCAAAGAAAGGAGUAUAUUUUUCCAGCCUCCCUCAUUUUAUGUCAGUCCUAUGGAGCUGACCCAAGUGGAGAAUGGUGGUGUGGCAGUAUUGACCGGGAAGAAGGUGGUACACAUGGAUGUGAGGGGAAACAAAGUAAGAUUAGAGGAUGGUACAGAAAUCUCCUACGACAAAUGUUUGAUUGCCACAGGUGGCAUUCCACGCAAUCUGCAGGUGAUUGAGAGAGGAGGAGAUGAGCUGAUGAAGAGAACCACACUUUUUAGAAAGGUUGAAGAUUUUAGAUCCCUGGGAAAAGUUUCGAAAGAAGUCAAAUCCAUCACCAUCAUUGGCGGAGGGUUCCUGGGCAGUGAGCUGGCCUGUGCCUUGGGAAGGAGAUCUGCAGACCUGGAUCUGGAGGUCAUCCAGAUGUUUCCAGAGAAGGGCAACAUGGGUAAGGUGCUGCCAGAGUACCUGAGCAACUGGACCACAGAAAAGGUCAAAACAGAGGGGGUGAAGGUCGUCACAGACGCCUUGGUAAAGAACGUGAGCCUCAAGGAUGGCAAAGUGGAGAUCAAGCUAAAGGAUGGACGUACGGUCCAGACGGAUCACAUAGUGGCGGCUGUCGGCUUGGAGCCCAGUGUGGAGCUGGCCAAAUCAGCUGGCCUGGAAGUGGACGCCGACUUCGGAGGGUACCGUGUCAAUGCUGAGCUUCAGGCCCGAUCAAACAUAUGGGUGGCUGGUGACGCGGCGUGCUUCUACGACAUCAAACUGGGCAGGAGGCGGGUGGAGCACCACGACCACGCGGUGGUCAGCGGCAGGCUGGCCGGGGAGAACAUGACUGGGGCCAACAAACCCUACUGGCACCAGUCCAUGUUCUGGAGUGAUCUGGGUCCAGAUGUCGGCUACGAGGCUAUUGGUAUUGUUGACAGCAGCCUGCCCACAGUAGGUGUAUUCGCCAAAGCUACAGCGAAAGACACCCCCAAAGCCGCAACGGAGAAGUCAGGAACUGGGAUCCGGUCGGAGAGUGAGACCGAGGCUGUGGCCGGAAUCGUGACGCCCGGGAAAGCCGCGCCACCCCCGCCCAUGCAACAGAAGGACGACUAUGGCAAGGGUGUCAUCUUCUACCUGAGGGACAAGGUGGUGGUAGGAAUUGUCCUGUGGAACGUCUUCAACAGAAUGCCCAUUGCCAGGAAGAUCAUCAAAGAUGGAGAGGAGCAUGCUGAUCUCAACGAGGUGGCCAAGCUUUUCAACAUUCAUGAAGACUGAGAACUGAAGACACACACACACAAAUAGUCACACACACUUACCCCCACAGAAACGCACACACACACACACAUAGCCCCACACUUGGACAUCCACACACACACACACACACACACACAAGGACCCAAAUAGGGAAAUUUGGGCCUUGAAUGGUCAAUAGUCGUACCUCAAAUUCUCUGGCUGUACCCAACUACACACCACCACCAGUAAGGGGUCUGGCGAUCCUCCGUACUGGUGUGGUGUGGGGGACUUCUGUUUUUCAGAUGGUGAUUUUAAUUGUAUUCAGAUGUCUUUUUUUUCUAUGGAGAGCUGUACGAGUACCCAGUCCAUGCACUUGAAUCACUGAAUGCUGCCCUCCCUCCCUCUUCCCCUUCCUCCUUUGCUAUUCGUGUUCGUAACGUCAUUGUUUGCGUUGGAAAUAAUGGCGUUUGAAAGUCAAGUGAUACAAAAGAUGUUUGAAAGCUAACUCAACCACCGCAAUAAAGUAAAUUAUUUUUGAACAUA